UCUCUAUAUCUCUCUCUCCGUCUCUGUGUGUGCUUGGUUUCGGAAAAAUGGCUGAGGCCAGUAUUUCAGUAGAUCAGGACCAGUUCAGCUGUCCAGUCUGUCUGGAUCUCCUGAAGGAUCCAGUGACUCUCCCCUGUGGUCACAGUUUCUGUAAGGUGUGUAUUAAUGGCUGCUGGGAUCAGGAGGAUGAGAAGGGUGUCUACAGCUGUCCUCAGUGCAGAGACACUUUCACUCCAAGGCCUGUUCUACGCAGAAACAACAUGCUGGCUGAAGUGGUGGAGAAACUGAAGAAGACUAAACUCCAAGCUGCUUCUCCUGCUCACUGUUACACUGGACCUGGAGACGUGGAGUGUGAUUUCUGCACCGGGAGAAAACGCAAAGCCGUCAAGUCCUGUCUGAUGUGUCUGGCUUCUUAUUGUGAAAUUCAUCUUAAACCUCAUCUAGAACGUCCUGCUUUGAAAAAACACACAUUGAUUGAAGCUUCAGCAAAACUACAAGAGAAGAUCUGCUCUCAACAUAACAAGCUGAUUGAGAUCUACUGUCGUACUGAUCAAACCUGCAUCUGUUAUUUGUGUACGAUGGAUAAUCACAAAGGUCACGACACUGUCACAGCCACAGCAGAAAGAGCUGAGAAACAGAGUGAGGUAAAGGAGGAGCAGAUGAAAUCCCAGCAGAGAAUCCAGGAGAAGGAGAAGAAGGUGCAGGAGCUGAAACAGGCUGUGAACACUAUAAAGCUGAGUGCACAGACAGCAGUGGAGGACAGUGAGAGGAUCUUUACUGAGCUGAUCAGCUCCAUGGAGAAAAAGCGCUCGGAGGUGACGGAGCUGAUCAGAGCUCAGGAGAAGGCUGAACUGAGUCGAGCUGAACGACUCCUGGAGCAACUGGAGCAGGAGAUUGCUGAUCUUCAGAGGAGAGUCACUGAGAUGGAGCAGCUUUCACACACACACGAUCACAUCCAUUUCCUCCAGGCUUUAGCAUCUGGACGUCAGUCUCCCCAACGGGACAGACCAAACUUUCACACAUCCAGCAUCACUGUCCCUCAACAUCUCUCAUUUGAUGGAGUGAGGAAUUCUCUCUCAGAUCUGAAGAAGAGACUCGAGGAAUUCUGUGAGGAGGAAUUCAACAAAAUCCCUCCACAUGCUGCAGCAGUUCAGAUCAUUUCACUACCAGAGCCACAGAGCAGAGAAGAUUUUCUGAAAUAUUUCUGUUAUCUGACUCUGGAUCCCAACACGGUACAUCGUAACCUCAUUCUGUCUGAGAAGAACAGAGUGGUGACAUGCAGUGAGAGAGAGCAGCAGUACUCUGAUCAUCCAGAGAGAUUUGCCUCUUGGCUUCAGGUGUUGUGUAAGGAGAGUGUGUGUGGACGCUGUUACUGGGAGGUGGAGAGGAGCAGUGAUGGUUCUGUGUUCAUAUCAGUCUCAUAUAAAGACAUCAGCAGAAAAGGACAGGGUUAUGAGUGUGUGUUUGGACGCAACAAUCAGUCCUGGAGUCUGCGGUGUUCUUCUUCUUCUUCUCUCUGUUUCUGUCACAACAAUAUUGUGACUGAGCUCAGAGUUCCAUCAUCCUCCAGAAUAGGAGUGUAUGUGGAUCACAGUGCAGGAACUCUGUCCUUCUACAGCGUCUCUGACACGAUGAAGCUCCUCCACAGAGUCCACACCACAUUCACUCAGCCUCUAUACGCUGGGUUUGGGUUCUACUCAUGGUUUGGUUCUAUAUCUGUGAGAUUGUGUGAUCCAAAAUAAAGUGUGUAGUGUUUUAUGUAAAAUUUCUGCACAUUGCCACAUUGUUGCUCAGUCAUCUGUCAUGUAAUUUUACAAUUUUAAUUUUAGCUCAGUCAUUUAUAUUUACAAUAAUUAAAAAGGAAAUAUUAAAAAUUAACUGUCAGACAAGAAACUAGUAAAAUUUCAAAAGAAAAAGAUUAUAAAGUUUGUUUCAUAUUAAGCGACCUGUCAUUAAAUAACUAAUAAACAGUAAUAAAGCCAGUACAGAUCACAUGAUAUAUAAAAAGAAAAUAAUCAACUUUGAAUUAAUUUCAUUUUUCUGGUUGUAUUCUAAGAUGUAAAAUAUACAUUCACUUUUUAAAAUCUGAAGUUGUUUCUAAACCCUGAAAUUUCAUUGUAAAACUUUAAUCCUAUUUAAAAUACAUUAGAGCUUACACUAUAUGAUUGGUUAAGGCUGCCUAUGUUGUGUUCAUCCCAUAUUCAGCCUGGAUGAUGAUUG